AUGGCAAACCCAGUUGGAUGUAUCUGCAUGGAUGAACCUCAUAAACCUAAUGUUGGGAUUUUAAAAAAGCAAGUUGCAAAGGAUGUAUACAAGAAAGAAGUGGGAGUCCAUGCAGGAAACUGUUGCAGAAGCCCAGACUUAGAUAAAAAAAAGCAUGUAGACCUGAAGAUGGACCAGGCUUUGCUGCUCAUCCACAAUGAACUACGUGGAACAAACCUGACUGUCUUCUGGAAUUCCGAAUGCUGCUAUCACUGCUUGUUUCAGGUUCUGGUAAAUGUUUCCUGGAGUGGGAGACCCGGGAAGCCUAGCAUUGCCGCGGGGGCGGUGAGCACCCAGCAUGGAUCUCUCCUGCAGCUUAAUGACACCUUGGAAGAGAAAGAAGUUUGUAGGCUGGAAUACAAAUUUGGAGAAUUUGGAAACUAUUCACUCUUGGUAAAGCACACCCAUAAUGCAGUCAGUGAAAUUGCUUGUGACAUCGUUGUCAACAAGAAUCCAAUUGACAGUAACCUUCCUGUGUGUAUUGCGUUCCUUGUUGGUGUGGCACUCAUCAUUGCAGUAUCCUUUCUGAGGUUCUUGUUGAGUUUGGAUGACUUUCAUAAUUGGAUUUCUAAAGCAAUUAAUUCCCGGGAAACUGAUCGCCUCAUCAAUUCUGAGCUGGGGUCUCCAAGCAGGGCAGGCUCCAUCGGUGGUGAUGCUCAACUGGAAGCAUGGUGUCCACCCAUUGCAACGCCGCGCCUCCGCUGCGUAGACACAUUCAGGGGGAUAGCUCUCAUCCUCAUGGUCUUCGUUAAUUAUGGAGGAGGAAAAUAUUGGUACUUCAAACACUCAAGUUGGAAUGGACUGACAGUGGCUGACCUCGUAUUCCCAUGGUUUGUCUUUAUUAUGGGAUCUUCAGUUUUUCUAUCAAUGACUUCCAUACUGCAGCGAGGAUAUUCAAAAUUCAAAUUGCUGGGGAAAAUUGCAUGGAGGAGUUUCCUGUUAAUCUGUAUAGGAGUGGUCAUUGUGAACCCCAAUUAUUGCCUUGGUCCAUUGUCUUGGGAUAAGGUGCGAAUUCCUGGCGUGCUCCAGAGGCUGGGGGUGACCUACUUUGUGGUUGCUGUGUUAGAGCUCAUCUUUGCUAAACCUGUCCCUGAAAGUUGUGCCUCGGAGAGAAGCUGCUUUUCCCUUCGAGACAUCAUCUUCAGCUGGCCCCAGUGGCUCUUCAUUCUGAUGCUGGAAAGCAUUUGGCUGGGCUUGACAUUCUUCUUGCCUGUUCCUGGAUGUCCUACUGGUUAUCUCGGCCCUGGUGGCAUUGGAGAUUUGGGGAAGUAUCCAAAUUGUACCGGAGGAGCUGCUGGCUACAUUGACCGCCUGCUUCUGGGUGAUGACCACAUUUACCAGCAUCCUUCUUCGGCCGUGCUUUAUCACACUGAGGUGGCCUAUGAUCCGGAGGGAAUUUUAGGGACCAUCAACUCCAUUGUGAUGGCAUUUUUAGGAAUUCAGGCAGGAAAAAUACUCUUAUAUUACAAGGAUCAGACCAAAGACAUUCUGAUCAGAUUCACUGCCUGGUGUUGUUUUCUAGGGCUUAUUUCUGUUGCUUUGACGAAACUUUCUGAAAAUGAAGGCUUUAUUCCAAUAAACAAAAAUCUGUGGUCCAUUUCGUAUGUCACCACACUGAGCUCCUUUGCCUUCUUCAUCCUGCUUAUCCUAUACCCCAUUGUAGAUGUGAAGAGACUGUGGACGGGAACCCCAUUCUUCUACCCAGGAAUGAACUCUAUUCUAGUGUACGUUGGCCACGAGGUGUUUGAGAACUACUUCCCCUUUCAGUGGAAGCUGCAGGACAACCAGUCACACAAAGAGCAUCUAACUCAGAACAUAGUCGCCACUGCUAUUUGGGUGCUCAUUGCCUACAUUCUCUAUAAAAAGAAGGUUUUUUGGAAAAUCUGACAGCUCCAGCUGAAAUGUGUUGCUGGCAGACUCUAGUGGGCCUGGGGGGAGUGCUGAAGCAGCCUUUAUUAAAGGGAACCAUGAAUUAUAAAAUCAGUAGGAUGCGUAUUUCCCAAUGAUUGGGGAACAUGCUGAUGCGCUCUGGCUGGUGUACUAUGAUGUGGCUGUUCAUCAGAACUCUGUGUCUUUGAGACUUAGAUGUUUGGAAUAUAAUUGUCUUUUUUCUCCACCUUCUAUGUAAAUGGAUAUAUUUAGAACUUCAUUUUAAGGAUUCCUCAUUUAACUCUUCAAAAGGAAACUGCCAUGGGCAUUUUCCUUCUGUGACGGAUAAAACAAUCUAAAGUCUAAUUUUUAUUGAUCUUGUUUUCCUGUAGCCUGCCUUUCCGAGUGCACACAUGCCAACCAAGAAGACCAUCAUUUCUGUUGUGGCUGAUCAGAUGGGAUGUAUAGCGAUGCAGCCAAAUAUUUUUUGUGGUUAAGUGCAGUAUAAUAUUUCAAGAAAGAGUAAUUUCCUUUUCAGAUCUGCAAGGCAUUGGUGGGUCCAAAAAAUGCCUUUCUAUUGGCAGGCAUUCUCUCCUUUUCCCCAUUUGGAAAAGAAGUUAAAAUAUAGAUGUUUUAUUCCCAGCCACUCUUGCUUACAGUUACAAUACUCACGUACCUGUUCGGCUGUGUACCCACUUGUCUGUCUUUCUCACUGUGUGUCUAGACGGUGGCUGGCACCCAGGGCUGUAGUGUGGCAGAGAAAAGCACAGUCUUGCUUGUGACGCCAGCUUUGCUCUCCUUGCCGCGUGAGAUGUCUGCCAGUCCCGUGGCCUCGCUGGGCUGCAGUUCCCUCGUCUGUGAAAUGAGGGAGACAGUGAUGCCUCUCUGGUUCCUUCCAGCUCUUCGGCUCAUUGAGGUGGGAUACAUCAAGAGCUCUUCUGAAAUCCUUAGGAAAAUAAUUUUAUUACAGAAAACUCUUCAAAAUAAAUGAUAACGAGAAGGUUAAAAAACCCCACCUGUCAUUGGAGUCGGUCUUUUCAGAGUGGCCCUCCACAGUGGAGGCACUUCCCUGUGGGCAUCACAAAACUGAAGAAGUAGUCUCUCAGGAGCGAAGACAGGAGAACACGCGAAGAGAAGCAGCACUCCUCAUAGGGACGCGUCGUCAUUCUUGACCUUUCUGUGAGAACUCUGUAUGCAGAACAGGCGGAACGUUGUACGUGGGCUGAAACCCUUCCGCGCUGAGACGGGGCCACCUGCACGUGGCUUCAGCCGUCACCACAGCACCGACGACUCUCUGGCCUGUGUGGACCUUGGCCCCGAACCCUCAGCCCCACGCGUCAUUGCCCGCGGGACCCUCCGCGCAGACGCCCGCCGGCACGCCGGCACCCUGUCUUCCCGCCUCUCUUCCCAAAUUCAGACUUUCCCUCUGCAUUCUCCUAGCUCCGUGAAUGGCUCCUUCUCUGUCUCUAGCUGUGAAACCUUUCACUCACCUUACCCCCUCCAUGCCCUUUUCCAUGCUUCCACCUGAAGCUCCUGCCUUCUCGCUGCCGCGGCUUUGUCGCCCUAGUCCGGCCUUCGCCCCUCAGUCCUUCCUCUGAGAAGUCACUACCCGUCGCCUCCAGGUUAAGCUUUAUGCAGCAAGAGCUCGGGUAAGAGCCCCUCCAUACAAAAGCUUCCCUCAAAGUUAUGUAAUAACCACCCUCCGGGGCGCCGGACACGUCUUCCGGCUGCUUGACCCGCCCCCGCCCGCGCCCCCCGCCCCCCGCCCCUGCCCCGCUCCCCCGCCCGCGCCCCGCCCCCCGGGCCCCGCCUCCGCCAGCCAGCCAGGCUCCUCCCCGCCCAGUACUUAGCACCUCCUGCUUCUGACUUUGGGAGUCUUCCUGCUUUGCUUUUCCCCCUUAAUUUUCUCCUGGGUACACUUGACGUUUAGACCCACUACUUCUGAAACACCUUCUCUAAUCUCGUAUUCUCAUCCAAAAGUAGUAUUUUCUUCCUCUCAUAAUACCUUGCUGGGAUCAGUCUCAUGGCGUUUUACCGCUUUCUGCCUGGUGUCAUAGUUACUUGUGUACCUGUCUCAUUUCCCGCACUAGAGGUGAGUUUGUUAAGGGCAAGAAUUAUGUCUUGUUCAUCUGUAUAUUCCUUAUGGUGCGCACACAGUGCCUCGUACUUAGCAGGCGCUAAAUAAACAUUUAUCAAA